AUGACGUCCCCCCAGUCGCCAUGCCCAGGAGCGAGCGAGCCCCCGCUCCCCGCCCGGCGCGCCCCGCAGGAAGACAGCGAGGACAGCGACCACGGCGACGACAUCACGUGGUCCAGUCUGGUGUCGUGCAAGGAGGCUGGCUAUCUCAUGGGCAUGGGCUGCACUGAGGAGGGGUGCGAGAAGACUAUGCACCACAUCGUCGAGGAAAUGGGACUGCAGGCCCCGCACGCGUACGGCAUCCUCGACGUCAGGGAGGCCUCGGUCGGCGGCAGGAUCGCACGCCUGCUGAAGAUCCGGAACCCCUGGGGCGAGCGAGCGCCGCGGACCUGGCAGGGCGACUGGGGCAAGGACUCCGACAAGUGGACCCCCGAACUCAAGCGCGAGCUCGGCGUGGUGAACAGCUCGGGCGUGCCCAUGGACGAUCCCAUGUCCAUCUUCUGGAUGUCCUUCGAGGAUGCCAAGGAGUAUUUCGCGGAGAUCGAGAUCUGCCGGGUGCACGUCGGGUGGAGCGAGGUGCGUCAGCGAGCUUGGCUACCAAGCGGCGCUGGCCCCGGGGAGGCCUUCGAGCUCACCGUCUCGCAGAAGACUCGCGUGGACUUCUCGAUAUGGCAGGAGAAGCACGUCCUCCGGGAGGGCGCGCUGGGCGCCCGCAGCACCAACGUCGACGUGGGCCUCGCGGUCCUGAGAGACGUCGGCGCCGGCCCCGACGGCAGGACGCUCUUCGAGCUCGUGGAGUACGUCGAGCGCGCCUGCCUGGACGACGUCAGCGCCGAGGCCAUCCUCGACGGCGGCCACGUCUACAGGCUGGUGCCGGUGUCCUUCUGCCAGAUUUUCCACGCGUCCCCUCGAUACGCCACGGUCGCCGUGCACUCUGUCCACCCGGUGGAGCUGAAGAAGAUCGACUCCUCGUGGACGGACGUGGCCACGGCCACCCUCGAGGGCACGCGCAGGUUCGGAAGCAGGCGG